UGGGGUGCGUUCGGAAAUUCUACUCCUGAGAUAAAGUAGUAUUGAAUUGACAAGAAUGACAAGGAAAUCUUUGCUCCUUUUCUUCCGAUAAUUCAUUAUAUCAGUCAGCAAAAUGAGUUCCAGUACCCUUACUGCAAGAGCAGAGCAAUACUUUUAUAGUAUUAAUCCUAUAGCUCAGAGAAUUGGUGAAGAUAUAACCGCGACGAAGGAAGCUUAUGAAGGGUUAUGGAACACCUUGAGCACAGCAGAGCGCAAUCAAGCUAUCAAUGAAACUAUAAUUCAGCCUGAGGUAGCUUUAAAGUAUACCUUGAAGAAGGUCGAGUUGACUAAAGAAUUACCAGAAUGGUAUCCAAAAUUGCGCAUACAGACGGGAAUGAAAUAUGUUAUAGAUGAAACUGGUUCUACAUUACGAUGGCGGGACGAGCACUCUGCGCCAUUUUCAUUUAUGACUCAGUCACAGAUGAAUCUCAAUCUUAUUGAUUCUAAUGAAGAUGUGAAAUCUAAAUCGAUGAGAACCUAUUUCGGAGAGUCGCCACAUUUUUCGAGUCCUGUGAAGGCACAAAGAAGCAACCCUUGUUCAAUGAAUAACAGCUACAACUCUGCACACCAAAUCAGCUGUUAUCAGACGGAUUGCUACACCACUAGUCUAUUCGAAAAUAGUCAAUGUAGCGAUUUAUUGACAAAUAGACUUGAUAGCGAACAUUCUGAGAGUAUAUUUGCUAAACUGAUUAAUAAAACUUCUUUGUUGAAAUUACAAAGUAAUAUCGAGGAUGAUAUGGAAAGUUUGAUGAGGGAAAGAGAUUCUGAUACAGAUAAAAGUCAAUCGAAUACUGUGGUAAUGUCGCGAACAAAGUCGAGCGAUAUAAACGAGUCAACUGCUCUGUUAGAAACACCUAGUUCCUACAGCAGUUUUCAAUCAUCCCAAUUAAAUCAAGAAGAGGAAGAGAGAAGUAUACCAAAGACUGGAUUUGAGUUUCUUGAUAAUUGGUAAAUUUAUUGCAUUAUAGGAAUAACUUAAUUUUCUCUGCAUGCGCUUUUAUUAUAUAAAGGAUAUUUCCAUAAUAUUCUAGGAAUAUAAGAUUAGGAACUAGGAAUAUAAUUUGAUAUGUAGAUACAGAUAUUUGAGCAAUGUAUUUGAUCUGCUUAUUGCUGCGUGUUGUAUAAAAAUGAUCAAUGAAUGUAUGUGUAAGUCAAAGUAUAUUUAUGUACAAGAAAAUGGAAUAUUUUUUUAGUAUCGAGAUUUUUUAAUACGAUUUUUUAUAUUUUAUAUUUUAUAACUUAAUUUUAUUUUUACGAUAUAUUACCAGAUACCAUUUACAUAUAUAACAGAUGAUAUAAAGAGGAUUAUAAAUAAUCUUCAAAGACUGAAAAAAAUAAUUUCCAGUAGAAUAUUUAUGAUCUCUUAAAAGACCUAAGCCUAUCUAGAUUUUGAUAGACACACAACUAUGUUAUGUAUUGCUUAGAUAUUGAACAAUAUGUAAUCAGUUUAAAUUUGUUACCUUUU